AUGAUUAUACCCAUUUUCCCAGCCUUGCUUUGGGCGAGUAGUCUCCUUGGCAGCGGAGUGUUGUCCAAAACCCUAGAGGUUCCCACAUCUACUGCAACAGCUCUCGGCUUACCAACAUCUGCCUUUGGAACAACCAUCGAGGGGGUUGGCGUCGAUCAAAUUGGGAACGUGUACGCUGUUGGCUACCAGAGUUUGGCGAACGAUACCACUGCGGCUGCCUCUUAUGGGAUACUGUCUCGGGCAGCGGGGGGAGCCAGCACUACGAGCGACAGCCGGGUUUUUGUGGCUCCUAAAGGGCCAACAGGAGCACCUCUUCUUGCCGGCUCGAGGUUCAUAUCUGCCGGCAAUACAAUUCUUCUAACAGAUGCUGUCAACCACCGGGUGCUAGCCUUUGACACACGAGCGAAGUCCUUUGGCAUAUACUGUGAGGACAAAAUAAUGAUUCAACCAAACGACCUUGCCAUUUCGGUCCUUCGAGAUAACUUGAUCUUCCUGUCUGGCAUGAACUACACGGCCGACUCUACAGCUGGGAUCUCCGGAGAGCUGUGGACUUGCGACCGAGGCAAAGCAAUCCGAUUCAGCCCUUGGGUCCUGGCAGCCGCCAAUAUUCACAGGACUAACGGCAUCGAAGUCUCUCCAGAUGGGUUGUCCUUGUAUGUCUCAUCAUCGCAGAACGUGAAUGGUUCUGUCAUAUCCAAUCGGAUCUUCAGAUUCGCCCUAGACCCGGUCUCAGGCCACAUCCUGGACAGAGUGCCAACCCUCUUCUAUGACUUUGCCGAAAGCCCCUCAAUCGAUAUUGACGGCAUGCGGACAGAUGUGGACGGGAAUCUGUACGUCACGCGCAAUGGCGACGCACAAAUUGCAAAACUAUCUUCCAACGGAAAGCUACUCUUGAUGAUUAACAUUCCCAACAUGGGGCUCGGUCCUCGAAGUUUGGAGUUGGGGGGCCCUGAUGGGACGACGUUGUACUGCGUAGGCCUCUCCAACAUCACCAUAUAA